AUGAGCUCAGACAGUGAAGUGGCGUUUCGCCUUGCCGAUAAGAAGAUGCGGGACGCGCGGAAACACGGAGACGUGCGCGAGAAGGGCAGAUAUCGCGCAAGCACCCUGUACGGGCACAAAUUCGGAGUUUUUGCGCUGGAUGAGUCGCACGUCGUGCGAACCUUGAACACGAUAUACACAGCGGCGCGCCAGCUCCGUAUCCAGAGCGAGACGAUGGUGGCGUUGACGGCGACGCCAGUGAUGACGAAGGCCACGGACUUGUGGUUCAUCGGGUGCAUGCUCGGCAUCCCUGCGUUCGAUGAGCCACAACAUGACAAGGAGCUUUACCAGUGGCGUUCCCAACUCGCGACGGCUAUGCGCAACGAUCGCGCCAGUGCGAAACACAGCGGCAGCGCGAUGAAAGUGGUGACUCGCGUCGUCCAUGGCUUGAGCGUCGAGGACGACGCCCUGGAGAACGGCUUCUCGAAGGUUGUCGACGCCAUGAUGGUGGACGUUCGCGCAAAAUACGACGGUUAUGUUGUACGCCGCACGCUCGGUUCCCUCGACUGGGAGGGCAAGGCGAUUUCGGGCCUUCCCCCUUACGCGGAACACAUCCUUAUGCUCAAGUUGACCGGCGAAGAGUACAAGAACCUGGACACCAUCGCUAACGAGGCCGCGGAACUCAACCCAGGCGGUUCUAUCGCCUACAACAGCGGAAAAUCGUUCUAUCUCUCCGUGCGUCGCGCACUCCUCCAUCCAAGCUGUAAUGCGGAAUACAAGUGGACCCUGCCAACCUCACGUGAGGAGUGGGAGGCCAUAGCCACGGCCAAGAUCUCCGCACUUAUCACCAUAUUGAAGUACCAUUUGGAGCAAGACGCCCGCCCGCCACUCGUCAGCGUGCCCGUGGAGGAUCCACCGCGUCCGCAGUCGCCCAGCUCUGACACCUCUAGUGAUGAACCUGCGGCCUAUGAAGAACGCCCUGCGAACAAUCUUGCCCCCGAUCCCGACGCCCAGCCUGAUCCGCGCGAUGCUCACAGCAAGCCAGACAAAAUCGUCGUCUAUGUCGCGUUUCCCUCGUGUUUCGACCCCCUCCUCAAAAUCCUGCAGAUGUACGGUAUCGAGUACGAGACCCUCACCGGCACCAUGAGCGGCCGUCAACGUGCCGAAGCCCUGCGCAAGUUCAUGCAGUCCGAUGCAAAGGGGGUUCGUGUCCUGGUCCUCAGCAACGUCGGCGCGGUCGGGUUUAACAUCGCGUGUGCCAACAUUUUGAUCAUCAUUGAUACCCUCUGGUCUGCGCAGGAUGACAGCCAACUGAUCGGCAGACUCUGGCGCCAACGACAGUUAAAGCUAGUCCAUGUGUAUCGUCUGAUCGCCAGGAACACUUCCGACGUGUUCCUGAACAACAUAUCAUUCGACAAGUCGAUCAUGCACAAUGCGUUUAUGGGCUCCAGUCGUGCCCUCAAGUCUACAGACGACGAGACACGUACGCGAAGGUUGCUCUUUGAACCAAGAGAGGAGUCAACAUCUACCUCAGCGGUCUCGGGGACCCUCAACGAUGCUUUGGAGAAGUUUACUUUAGAUGCGGCGGUCCAAGACGAUGUUGAGCCCAUCCCGUCUGCCUCUGUCGACACGCAAUCACAGCAACGGUCUGAAUCACCCCUUAGUGACGUCCCUAUGGGCGAGGCCGAUGACGCUGAGCCACCAGCGGCCGGAAGCUCUAAG